AGGGUCACAGCUUAGUAUAACUGUGUUAGUGAGACUUAUUAGCUAGCAGAGUGUUAGUUUUACCUCUGACUAGUUUUGUGUGUUGUCCUUAGGUAUAGGUUCUGUUUUAGUGCCAGCUUUUGUUCUGUUCCUAUUGCCCCGAGUGCCAGUGAGCAUAGGGUUUGAUAUUAGGACAGAUUAUCUUCCCCCAGUGCUACCGUGACUUUAUCCGCAGGUAUCGCGCUCCCUGAAGACAGCAGGUGCCCUGUGCUUCGCCGGCAGAGUGUGGGCAUAAGUCCUGGGUCUACGAGUCGCGCCUGACGGAGGCUCGGUGGGGUUUGCUGUGCCGUUCCAGUAGCCGUGCCUGGGCUCCACUUUCUUGUCUCCUCGUCGCCGUUCCUUGUGUGGGACGACCACGUGGCUCUUGUGGUCGGCGACGUGAGAAGGGACCAGCUCGACGAGACGCCAUCUGCAUUUUUACCGGGUGUGUGCGUUCUCUUUUUGUUGAGAUUUGUGCAUAAGCUAGUUUAGCCAGAUUAGUUCACCUCUGCCUGCACCUAGCUACUCAGGUUUGUGUAGGGUUCUAGAAGGCUCUAGUUUUGCCAGUUAGUCACCCCUAGCCUGGGUUUUAGUUAGCUCAGGACUGUGCAGGGUGCAGCGGUCUAGUUAGGGCCAGUUUUCUCUCUCCAGCCUGUGUAGUGAGUUCAGGUUAUUUAGGGAGAGUGUGUUCUAGAUAAUUCUAGAUUUUUGGGCUGUUCAGUCACCUUAUUCUGCCAGAGUUAGUGCAGGGCAAGCCAGGCAGGAUGUUUGUUACUCGUGAGCCUUCUACCGAGUAUUGGUUUCAGCUGGGUGAGCGCCUUGAGCUGACGGGGCAAGACCUCGUCGCGUGGGUUCGCGAGGAGCUGCUGCGGGAGGCCUACUUCGAGGAGUUGGAGAGGAAAGACCGCGAGGCUGAGCUCUCCCACGAGCGAGAGAUGCAAGAGGCUCAGCGCGCCCACGAGAGGGCCAUGAAGGAGUCUGGAAGGCUCCAACGCCUCGCCCUCGCACGUCUCGCCUGCCCCUGGUUCGACACCAGCGACCUGGACACGCAGGUAACCGAGCCUCAGCCCUCCCCUGAGGCUGUCAGCACUGUGCCGUGUGACCCUGCUCGGCAGGCAGUAGCUGGGGAGGACCACGACCAAUUAGAGUGCCUGCAGGAGGAGGCUUUGCCUCUCUCCCCGGCGCUCCUGACGGUGCAGGAAUGCACGGUGGUCCCGGUAGACGACGCAGACGCGCAGCCGCCUUGCGUCUCGAGUACGGUUGCUGGUGCCAGAGCAGAGGAAGAGGGGAAUCUCGAGCUCUCUGCGCUGCUGACGGUGUCACAGGAGGAUUCACUGGAGCUGAAGGUUAGUGACGCGGGGCAGCUGGCCACCGCCUCUCCCGCGCCCGUUUCGGUUCCUACUGCCUCGCGCAAGAAGCCUCCUGACAUAGACGUCAAGGCCUCGCUAGGUUGCGCCUCAGCACCUCCUGACGCGGGGCAGCUGCCUCCUGCCUCUCCCUCGCUCGCCUCGGAAUCCACGGCCACGCGCAAGAAGCCUCCUGACAUCGAUGUCAAGGCUUCGCUGGGUUGCGCCGCAGCACCUCCCGGAAAACAAGGCCACCGCACCGCCAAGCUGUCUCGCCUUCGCCGUGGUCUAGGUAAGAGUGACUGUUCAGUGUUGUGUGAGGGUUCCGGGCGACGCCGCCGCAGAAGGAGGCGUGUCACCCGAGGGCUUAGAGGUCGCGCCCUUGCCAGGCGCCCUUGGAAAGCCCGCCCUCCGAGUUCCUUCUGGCGUGCAGCUAGACCUGCAAGUGUAGGUAGGCCGUCGUGUGUUGGUCGUCGCCGUGAUUCUGUGAAACAAGUAGACACACUUCACUACACAGUGCCACACCACACUCCACACUACCACACUAAAUAUGGACAUGUGUCCCUAGCCUUGUCUCGGGCCUCUCUGCAGCUUCAGGAGUUUUCUCCAUGCUUGUUAGUAAAAGGCUGGAGUUUUUACACUCAUCAAGCUGAAGGGAGCCACCCGAUGACGUACACCUUGUGCUUGUGUAACUAGAUUUAGCUAGGGGUUAGUUCAAAUUUUAUAUGUACGCUACGAGUAGCGCCCAUGAUAAAAUUUCAUUUGCAUGGGCGAAUGUCGCGGUUUAGAUUCGCGACAAGUUAUGUUUAUAUUAUUUGCUACAGCGAAGCUGUUGACGCGUUUUCCUAGUUCGUCACGUGACCUAGGCGCGGGGCGGGUCACGAUGACUCAGCCUGUUCGUUGCCUAGGCGACGAGCGUAGUGAUGCCACGGCGUGCAUUUUCGUUGCGGGUCGCCCGCUGUGUUUUACCUGCGCCUACGCACUUUCAGGAGUCACCACUCCACUCUCUGCAGGUGCGUAGUAGUGUGUGCAUUACUGCAGCUUGUACGCCUCUGCUGUGAGGAUAUUGGGCUAUUGUCUUUGUGCUUCCCGCCAUGGGGGCUGUUGCCGCCCGCGGCCUGUGUUGCUAGCCCGCGAUUGUUGCUUUCCUCUACGUGUCUGUACGUAGCUUGCUCCGCUGUUUAUAUUGCGGUGCCAUGCACUUGCAAGUUAUAGCUGCGCGUCAGGAAAGUGUAACGAUAUCUGCCUCUGGCAGUAUUGCUCAGAGUGCUGUAAGCACCCUCUGUUGUAUUUUUCCGCGCCAGCAGCGUUUUGCAUCUCGGCCGGGCGAGUUGGGGCCCGUCAGGUCACUCGCCGCGGCUCGGGACUUCCUUCU